GUGAGCUGCUGUCAAACUCUCCUUUCCUGUUCUGCGUUUGUAGAUUUGUAUAAUAACUUUAUAGCUGUUACUAAUGUUUGGAAUUGUGCGAAUGCUUGAACCUGCAGUAUUUCACAAUGCAGGUGAACUGCGCUAAAAACACGAGCCAUGAGCCCCGCCGCCCCACCGCACACAGAUCAGCGUGUCACCGGUUCAUUCUGAAGCACACACAGACCAUGUUUAUCUGUCUAUAAUCGCAGUUAAAUAAUCACUUAUGAUUAUAUCACCAUUUUGAUGUUAUUUUGACUAAUUAUACAGCCCUGAAGGACUGUGAAAUUAGUCUACUGAUGCACUCUAUGAAACUCUAUUAAAUCGUGGGUAUUUGAUGUUUCGCCCAGCCCUAUUUCAAACCAAACAAACAUGGUUUGUUACCAUUAGUAACAUGGCCCAUAACACUUACUUAGUUUACUAAUCUUAAACCAUGACCUGAACUGCACAUAAAUAACUAAUAUUGGCAUUAUAUUCAUGUUAUUUAGUCAGAGGGGAACUGGCCCCCACAGUGAGCCUGGUUUCUCCCAAGGUUAUUUUUCUCCAUUAACCAACAACUUCUGGAGUUUUGUGUUCCUUGCCACAGUCGCCUUCAGCUUGCUCACUAGGGGUCUCAAGUCAGAAGUUUACAUACAGUUAGGUUGAAGUCAUUAAAACUAAUUUUUGAACCACUCCACAGAUUUAAUAUUUGCAAACUAUAGUUUUGGCAAGUCGUUUAGGACAUCUACUUUGUGCAUGACACGAGUAAUUUUUCCAACAAUUGUUUACAGACAGAUUGUUUCACUUUUAAUUGACUAUAUCACAAUUCCAGUGGGUCAGAAGUUUACAUACACCGAGUUAACUGUGCCUUUAAGCAGCUUGGAAAAUUCCAGAAAAUUAUGUCAAGCCUUUAGGCAAUUAGCUUCUGAUAGGAGGUGUACUGAAUUGGAGGUGUACCUGUGGAUGUAUUUUAAGGCCUACCUUCAAACUCAGUGCCUCUUUGCUUGACAUAUAUGUGCAUGCAUUAGAGCUUGUUUUGUAUUGGGACACUUUUAAGUGCUUAAUGAAACUCUAUGAUUUGAUCCAAAAACCUCUUGCUGUAGGACACCAAUGGAACUUGAGGGGCAGUGGUGGAAAGAGGAGCUCGCAGAGGACAUCUAUCAGGCCCUGCGUUACAAAGAGUUGCGAUUGCCUGCAUACAAAGGCCAGUCCCCACAGAUCAGCCUUAGACGGUAUUUCGCAGACCUCAUUGCAAUAGUGAGCAAUCGGUUCAAGCUGUGCUCGGCUGCCAGACACUUGGCUGUUUAUCUGCUGGACCUGUUUAUGGACCGCUAUGACAUUUCUGUACAGCAGCUCCACAUGGUGGCACUGUCCUGCUUGCUUUUGGCCAGUAAGUUUGAGGAGAGAGAAGAUCGGGUGCCGAAGCUGGAGACACUGAACAGUCUGGGCUGCAUGAGCUCCAUGAAUCUGGUUCUGACCAAACAGGCUCUCUUGCACAUGGAGCUGCUGCUCCUCGAGACAUUCCAGUGGAAUCUGUACAUCCCUACGGCCGCUCACUUCAUAGAAUACUACCUGCCAGUCGCCGUGAACGAGACGGACCUGCAUGACAGCUGGCCGAUGACAUGUAUGGAGAAGACCAUGCUGUACAUGUCCAAAUAUGCAGAUUACUUCCUAGAGGUCUCUCUACAAGAUCAUGCGUUUCUUGGAUUCGUCCCGUCUUUGGUCGCUGCGGCAUGUGUGGCCUCUUCUCGAGUAAUCUUGCGUCUGUCUCCCACCUGGCCGCCCCGUUUGCAGCGUCUGUCAGCGUACACAUGGGAGCAGCUGUUGCCCUGCGUGGAGAGACUUUUAAUUGCUCACGACAGUGAUGUAAAGGAAGCGAACAAGCAGAAAUGCCAGCAGCCGAGUGUUCAGUCUGUGCAGACGGUGUACCCUGUCCCGCAUCAGUACAUGCAGCAGCCAACCUCUCAGUACGUCCAGCAGAACUGCCAGCCGGUGAUCGUGUCUGCUCAAGGCCAUAACACCUACCUGCCCCAACCCACCUCAAUGCAGGUCUCCACAGCCCCUCUGCAUGGGCUCGGGCAGCCCCAAACCAUGUCUGCACCAAUGGAUGCCAAAGUGAACAUGCCCAGUAGAGCGUACCAGGUGAAUGCACUGUACCCCCGUACAGCUCCCUGCUUCGACAGGUGAUUAAUCGGAUGUGAAGUUAAUGGACCGUUCCACUGCACAGGGGAGUGUAUGUAUGCGUUCAUCUGUGCAAUUGUGGGAAUAUAAGCACGCUGCUCUUAAAGAGAUAGUUCAGUCAAAAAUGAAAAUUCUGUCAUUUACUCAACGUCUUGUUGUUCCAAAACCGUAUGAUUUUCUUUUGCAAAGCCAUAUGGGUUUGGAACGGCUUGUAGGUGAGUAAAUGGUGUCCGCUUUUUCCAUUUUGGGGAAGCUGUCCCUUUAAAUAUUAUUUGAACCGAGCCACUUGAACUGUUGAAUUCUGUCUUGUGUUGCUUUUUUCUGUGAAAACUAUAAAGCAUUAGAUCACUGUAAUUUUGAUUUAUGAGGUGUGCUGUGAGCAAAAAUGUGCAAUAUGAUGCCUUAAUGUGUUACCCACUGUAUACUACCUCGUGGUGUUUCAUUUGUUGUGUUAAGUUUACUUAAGAGUAGUAGUAUUAUUUACGGGUAUGUUUCAUAAAUGAAGACAUCAUGGGAGUGUGAAGUAACACAGUAAAAUUACUGUGGUUUUUACAAACAUAAGCAACUUGCAAGUGUUAAUUUGCUCUACCUCAUUGAAUGUUGACUGUUUUUGUCUUGCAGCCUUAAAAAUGCACUUUAGUACAGUAUUUUUGUUUUUUUAAUAA